ACUGCCAUAGGGGGCGGCAGACAUCCGGGAAAGGCCGUAGGGGGGAGGGGCAAAGCAGACGCCGCCGCUGCAGCUCUGCUCACUGGGCUAACUAAAGUCCAUCAACGAGCUAGUUAGCAGUGAGCGCUAUGGUGGACGCAGUUAGGCGAUGCUCCAGCAACAAGAGGACUAGAAGAUGGACUAGCUAACUGAGACUUAUCCCUGUGCCUUUGACAAUCACUAUCAAGCAGGCGGGGACCAGGUCCAGGUGGUUGUAAUUAGCUGCUUCAUUCAUGCGGUCGCUGCUGCACAGAGAGGGGACUUUGAGCUCUUGAGUGGCGGGCAAAGCUCAAAUCAUCAGCUCGCUGGGACGACCGGGAUAACACGGCUCACUCAGCGAGUCGGAGCAUGGUGGUCCCGGACAGUGCCAGCGUGGUCCCCCAACCUGGCAAUGGCAGUCCCAAUGGCCUCAUGGAGAGCUCCAAGUCCGGGUGCGAGAAGGAAGUGGAUGGGGGUCAAGACCUCACAGGGGUGGAGUUGGAGGAGGUCCGAAAACUGCAGGAGCUUGUUCAUAGGUUGGAGGUCCAGAAUGAGACCCUGCGUAACAGGGGGAGCAAGAAGACUAUAAUCCACAGAGGAGCCAGCAGCAACAGCAACCUCACAGCCGCUGUCAAUAUCAAUGAGAGGCUGACUUGUGAAGGGGUUACUAACUCCCGCCUCAGAUUGGAGCACAGCGACCAGCUCGGCAGCACGGACUUUGAGCUGUCGCCCCCUCAGGAUAGCAGCAGUGGCGAAGACAUGUCCCCGCUGCCCGUGGCCAACAGGCUCGAGGAGGAAGAUGAAGAGGUGGAAGAAGAAGAAGAGGAGGGACAGGAUCCACGUGGGGGCUUUCUCGCGUUGACCUAUAGCAAUGGUGGGGGACAGUCUGGGGGGGAAAGCCAGACACCAGAGAGCCCCUCUCUGGGAAGUUAUGAGUCAGAGACACUUGCAGAGAGCGACUCAGGGGUGGACCAAACUGCACUGGAUGAAGUGGAUGUCCUAGAUUUGGAAGAUGAGUGUGCAGAAGUAGAGGACGAGGACAGUUGGUUGUAUGUGUCUCCAAAAAAGCAAGUAGCAAAUCCAGGCCCAGAGUCUCCAUUGAAGUGGUGCCGGCAGGCUCUUGACCACCGCAGCCCAGAGACAGAAAUGGCUUGUCGGACCCUGAUCAACCGUUUGGACCAGACAUCUCGAUGGAGGAACAUGUACAGUAGCCCAUCAGCAGAGACGGGCUCGGCAGGCUCAGGCCUGAUCUCUCCUGGGUACCACAAAUCAACUAACAAAUCCCUACUAACCUGUGGCACUUCAGGUGCCACAAGCAUGCACUCGGCCCUGAGCUCGCAGUCCUCCAUAGACAGUGAGCUCAGCACAUCCGAUGACUCCAUCUCUAUGGGCUAUAAGCUGCAGGAUCUCACUGAUGUCCAGAUCAUGGCUCGCCUACAAGAAGAAAGUCUGAGGCAGGAUUAUGCUUCCAGCUCAGCGUCUGCAUCACGUCGCAGCUCCACAGCCUCUCUGCAGUCCCUGCGCCGAGGUGGCACCUACAGCGAUCAGGAAUUUGACAGUUACAGCCUGGAGGACGAAGAGGAUGGGUUCUGCUCCAUGCCCCAGCGACGACAACGCUUCACGCCCUCGCCUUUAGGCUCACCCCGGUGCCUGUCUCCCUCCACCUCCAACCACGGUCAGGAAUACAGCAGCCGACUCGGGGCCCCACGCACAAGAGCACCCAGACGAUCUCUACAGGGCCCCAGUGCAGAGCUGCUUAAAUUUGCCAAGAGCGAGGAGGAGUUGAGGCACAGCAUGCCUAAUCUGGCCCCCCGCACCAGCCUACGUUCACUGGAGGCAGUCAGAAACAGCCGCAGCAUGGAGGCUAACCUCCAGAGCUCUGGCAACCGCAUGUCCCACCUGACUCACUCCCCCUCCACAGGUAUGGCUUGUAGUCGGCUGCGUAGCAGCGGUCAGUCACCUCUCUCCGUGCGGGCACCAGUUAAAGCUGUCGCUCCCGUGGGCCCCAUGGCACCAGGUCGUCAGCCUUCCAGAGGUCUUCCUGUUAUCCAGGCCCCUCCUGCAGGAGGAGGGCGCAGGGUCCAGUCUCCAGGCUUUGCCAAUGGUGGGGCCUACAUACCCGGGAGAGCCUCCACUGGGGGAGGGAGGCCCGCCGUGGGCCGAGGACAGGCUGCGCCAUCAGCAUCCACCAGGAGUAAACUUUCACAGCCGACAAGGAGGUCUUUGGGCAUGACUAAAAUCUCAGAUGAAUCCUGGAAAGAUGGCUGUUACUGAGUCUGACCGAUGAUGAAGGAUGUUCACUGCUGCAACUCCUCACCUGACCUCUACCCAUUACCUCUCAUAGUACAAACACAGCCGCUCUGUACACAAAUGUGUCGUACAACCUUUUGGGUCCCCCCCCCCAUUUUAGGCUGGAGCACUGGGCUGCACUGGAUUCGUAGUUACGACUCAUCUCUUUGAUAUGAAGACAAUUUAAAUAAAGAUAUUGCUGGUUUGUUCAUUUUUCUGUGUGAAUUCCUACUAGAUGAAGGUGCUGAGUCUUGCAUGCUUGGUUUGUUGUUUUUCCUUAUCCUUACAGCCUUUCCAUCAUUAUGUAACUGCAAUAUGACAAAUCUUCCACGUGUCCCACAAUGAUCUGUGUGAUAUUAUGAAUGUUUGAUUGGUUCAUUGUGAAAGUAUCAUUAGAAUUGUGUUGUGUAUGUGUUUUGCUCUUUGAGUACACAACAAUGCAAACUCCUGUAGACCACACUGCCCUUACAAAUAAUAUGAAAUAGGGCAAAAUAAGGUUUGUGCCAAGGUGCAUUUCAGCUGCAACACUCUUUCUAAUACCAGAAGUAAUCUUGAUUCAUUAAAGGUACUGUUACGGUACUGUGUUUUCCAGGCAUUUUUACUGCAUAUCUAUAGGUGGUUUGAGUGUUUGCUUUUGGAUACCACUGUAAUAAAGAAGAAAAAGAAAAAAAAAAACGUUUAUGCACGAAGGCUGUGUGCCUUAGGACAGCUAUGCACCCUCAUGCAGAGUGCCUCUGAAAAUUAGGAGCUGUAAUGAGAAUGGAUAAUAAACUCUACCCUGAAACUAA